GAGACAGGACUGAUGGUACUUGCUCCCUGACACCGGAGUAUCUGCUUCACUAGGCUACAGAAUGCGUCGCCUCCUGGGUAAUAGCAGUUCACACGAACAGGCUGCUGUAUAUUAUGGAUCAGAAUCCAUUGUCUCCAUUGCUAUCUUCAUCAUCGUUUUCAUCAUAGGUAUCCCAGGCAAUGGAUUGGUGAUCUGGGUAGCUGGUCUGAAAAUGAAAAGGUCUGUGAACAUUGUCUGGUUCCUAAACCUUGCUGUGGCUGACUUCAUGUGCUGCUUGUCCUUGCCGUUUUCCAUUGUUCACCUGGCCCUCCAUGAACACUGGCCGUAUGGUUUGUUCCUCUGCAAAGUCAUUCCAUCAGUCAUAAUCUUCACCAUGUUUGCUAGUGUCUUCCUACUCGUGGCCAUCAGCAUUGACCGGUGCCUCCUCGUGAUGAAACCUGUAUGGUGUCAAAAUCAUCGAACAGUGAAAUCUGUAUCACUAAUAUGCAGUGGCAUUUGGAUCCUGGCCUUCAUUUUCUGCUGUCCUGUCUUUCACUACCGUAAGACUAUCAUUCAUGAUGGCAAAACUGAGUGCGGGUACAAUUCUGGAGAUGAUGAAGUGCCAGAUUAUAUGGAUGAUUCUGUAAAUAGGUCACUGGAAAAAUACUCAGCUUUAGCCUACAAUGAUAAUGACUCAGGGGGAAAUCCAUAUGAAAGUGAUCAUUCUGUAUCCCUCGCCUUAGUGGUAAUAAGCAUCACUAGGGCUGUAUGA